AUGGAGCGUUUAAACUUGGAGGUUCCUGACGUUUCUGCUCAUUUCCUUCGAUCCACUGGGACUCCGCCCACUCCACUUUCCGACCCUCCUCGUCUGCACGAUCGUUCUGAGGGGAAACUUAUACCAGUUGACCGGUUGAGGGAGAAGGAUUCGGUCACAGAUGUUGUGAAGACGUCUUUUGAGCUUAUUGCGACGAGCAAUCGGGCGGUUUCCCGUUAUGAGCGCAACAUCCGCGAGUUAGAAGCUGCUGCUGCCGAGCGUCCUGACCACUCUGCUGACAAAGUCAAGUGGCUCAAAAAUCAACUGGCAGAGGCCCUACGUUCAAAUCGAAAGCUAAGUGAACAAGUUGCGAAACUCAAACAUAGUCGCGGGGGGUUGGUAGCCGAGAGGGACGAGCUUCGUGUCAAGCUGGGGAAUUCUGAGUCGUCGCGUGACGAGCUGAACGUGGCGCUGGAGUCUGAAAUGAAGUGGUUGCGGGUGCGUCGAGAAGACUAUUGUCUUUACAUGAAACUCUCCGCCUAUCGCCAUCUUGUCGGUCGUGCUCAGAGGCUCUUAUCGAAGCACAAGAGUUAUGCUGAUCCAUUUGAAGGUUCUCGUCCGAAGUUCUUGGAGUAUAACCAGGCCGUCGGGAAUAAGCAUAUAUUGGAGGCACUCGUCGCAGAUGGUCAAAUCUCUCUUCUGGUUGACGGGGUCAUUGAGAGGGUUGACAAUGUGGCUGCUCAGCUUAAGGAGGAGUUGAACAGGUCUUCAUUCCCGAUAUCGUUGUUGUUGACUUUGACAUGUCCUCGUGUUUUGCUACUCCCCUUCCAGAGGUGGAAUGGGUCAGGUCGCCGGGCUUCGAGGAAGUUCGUCAUGAGUUCUAGGACAGGGCAUCCAGCGAUGAGGAGGAGGGGAAGACCGAGGCGCAGGGGAGUACCUUAGCGAUGGAAAUCUCCGGGGAUGGAGUGGAGGUACAGAGUGAUGAAGCCGUCAUCCAGGUGGAAGGACGAGACGAACAGGUCGUCAUCCAUGCAGAAGGGGAAGGUGGGCAUAUCGUCGCUCAGAGAGAAGAGCAAAAUGAACAAGUCUCCACCCAGGAAUGCGAGGAGGAUUCUCCGGUCAUCGGUCUGGUUUUUUAAGGUUUUCGCUGUAUUGGGGUCGGCUCCUAACAUUAUGUUUUUAUCGUAAACUUCGGAUUGCCGUGUUCAAGGGUCG